CGUCAUCCGAGCACAGAGAUACCUGUUCACGUAUUUUUGAUUCUUCUUUUUGGUGCUGCUAUUUCUGGUUUUUACCGAAACCGAUCAACAUACAUUCCUUUGAUGCUUAGUAGCAUGCUAUUUACUUUCCCUUUGGGUGUGAGUGUGUUGACAUGACGCAACUAAUAUAAGGCCCACGUUCAUCCCCGACUAGUUUUGAGAUUAGUAGUAAAUUGGGAAGGGAGUAGAUAUCGAGGUAAACCUAAACGCAAGCAUCCUCUAUCGAAUAAAGGAUGAUGGCUACCAGCAGCAGCAGUUCUUCAAGUUCAGCCGCCCGGCUGCCCUUUAUUGCCGGGUCGAACUUUCUGCAAGACGAGCCAUCGGCGUGCAAGCGCGCUAAUCACUGCAAGGAAGUGUCCAUUGUCUGUGUCGACGUACUCUCCGAGACCGAAGACCAGCACGCGUUCCUCCGGGACGCCGCCGUGGAGUACAUGGGCUCGAAGCUGUUGCAGUGUUUGGGAACCGGCAGCCUCAAAGUGAUGGUGUCGGAAGCAAGUGAUGUGGGCGUGAUGGAAGUGGGAGCGGCCCGGACUUCAAACCCGUUGGCGCUCAGCCCGAAUGAAGUCGAGAACAAUAACGACGGUGGUCCUGAUAAUAUUGACAGGCUUGACCUCCAACUCGGCGACGAGGCGGAGCUGCUACCGGCGAACGACAGCUCCGAGCUGGUCGGCGAUGUGUACCAGAACCUGGCCAUGGUGGAACUUUCCCAGCUCGUCGCCUCCUACGGGCCGCGAAAAACAAAUGACGAGCAGCAACUAACUGGCAAACGGGCGAAAGCAACGGGGGCGCAUCCGCAUAUUGUCGCGGAAAUUGACUGCGACGCUGUGCGGAAGGUAAACGUGAUAGAGCGGAAUGCAGCAGGAAGAAGUAGCGUCGGGAACCCGGACCUGGUCACCGACGCAUUGAUUCUGGCGCAGACGCUCAUCGAGCAGCACAUCGGCAAGCGAGCCAAAACGUUUUCUAGCGGGAGCGAAAUCGUUUUCUUCCUGACGAAAGCGACGGCCCUCGGCUGGGGCGGCCCCGAAGCGGUUGACGCCGCGUUUGGUGACGAUGCGUUCGAGAACAUCAUUGCACAACUGCGCAAGUUCAAUAUUCUGGUCAAACUGUUUGUCACGGCCGACGAGCCCAACACGUUUGGCGUCGAGGGGAGUGCAGCCUGGGGCUUGUUCUCGCAGAAGUACCGGCAACAGGCGAGUAGCCAUUCUCUGGCAACGCUGAACGCGAUCAACAGCAACGCUUCACCACUUGGCGUGGAGAUCGUGGAGUUGACGGCGGCAGUGAAAAGUCAGCAGCUCUCGAGCGCCCUGCGCGUGCUCCGCGAGGUGAAGCCGACGGUAAAGACGAAAUGCGACCUGGAGAUCGGCCUUGACUUCAACGAAGACGGGGAGCCAGCGAAAAAGUUGAAGUUGCCCGUGUGGAUUUACGCAAAAACGCAGAAGAAGCUCGUGCCGACGCUGAAGCGACAAAAGGCAGUGCAGGCGGAGGGAGUGACCACACGCUGGGAGAAGGUGUAUAAGAAGGAAGACACCGAGGAAUACGUGGAUUUCUCCGAGCUCAUCAAGGGUUUCUGGUACGGCGGGGAGAUCGUACCCAUCGGCGAGGCGGACCUGCACAUGUUCAACUUCGGCGCGCCCAAAUGCCUAGAGGUCGUUUGUUCCGUGAAGAGCAACACUAUCAAGCCGGAGUGGUACCUCGGCCUGGCCGACUACGUCAUCCCCGAAAAAGAUUGUGACGCUGUGCUGUUCAGCUGCCUCGCGAAGGAGAUGCUCGAGACGGACCACUCUCUGCUGGUGCGUUAUGUUGGACGCGACAAGAGCAAACCGCGUUUGGCGGUCCUGGAGGCGGCACGAAAUCCCGUCUUGGUCAAACACGACGAAAAACAACGCAAAAAGAAGGAGAAUGAACGGAAAAAUCUUCCUCAUCCCACUCUGGAUGGUCGGGGUCUACAAGCCAUGAUGACCACAAAUGAUCGCCCAGGUGUGCAACCUCCAGCUGGGGGAGGUGCAGCAGCAGCGUCCUCUUCCUCGCUAAAGCGCCCCUAUCAACCUGGCGAAGACGACGGACCAGACGAGUUAGAUGAUGACUUCGUGGCGCCAGGGGGGGAAGUAGACCAAGACGUUGCCGGUGGUGGCCACGCGCCGGCCUUCGCUAGCAACGUCCCGAUGACCACCGGUAAUGUCGUGAGAAACAGUGCGGGAAGUGGUCACGCACUACUUGCUGACGCAUCCCCUCCACCAAUGAACCGGUAUGUGUUGUAUCUGUCGCUUCUGCCCUUCUGCGAAGAUAUGCGGGAGUGGCCUUUCCCGAAAAUCAACACGAAGAUUUCUGCGGCGCAGCAGAAUUUGGUCGACGACCUUGUCGAUCAAAUGACAAUAACGCCCGGCACGACCCUACUGUCAAGCAAGAAACCUACAGAUGCAGAUGGUUCAGCAAUAGCAGAGGAGAGACAAGAACUGCAACAGGAGGACUCGUCCGCGACAUCCUUGUGUCUUCCCUUUUCUUCUCUGGACGAGAUUCGAUCCGGGAUGCUUAGCGGAUUCCACGAUUGUCUACUGAAGCGGAUUCUCGUGAAGCAGGCCGGCGUCGAGGAGGAUGCGCAGGAAGCCGCGGAUGUGGAGGAUUUCGUGAACCCAUUGUGGAAGAUGGACGCAGGAUUCGUUGACGCCGAGCGAUUUCGGGAACACUUUGACCUCACGAAGCGCGAACAGAUCGGAGGAAAGAAGAAGCAAUUCUGGCUGAACGAUGAGUGA